AGUUUUCUAGUACCUAUCCAAUAGUAACGGUGGCUCUAUAGCAUUCUAUAGGACAACCUUCCAGGCCUGGUGUUCCGAUUCAAAUAAAUACUCAACUCAUGUGCUUUGGUUCCUAUCUCGCCAGCAUUGUUCUUUGUUCCUACCAUCAUGACCGAGUUCAAUCCAUCUGAUCAUCCUCAUCGCAGAUUGAAUCCAUUGACAAACGAGUACACUCUCGUCUCACCGCAUCGCAUCAAGCGUCCGUGGCUCGGUCAGGUUGAACCUCCUCUGGUUUCCAAUCUGCCACAAUAUGAUCCGGCAUGUUACCUCUGUCCCGGCAACAUUCGCGCUGGUGGCCACAAGAACCCUGAUUAUCAGCAGAUAUAUGUCUUUGAAAACGACUUCUCUGCGGUUCUCAACGGACCUCUGCCAAUUGCCCCCGUAGCGCCCCAUCCAUUGCUUGCGACAGAACCUGUCGGUGGUGGAUGUGAUGUAUUAAUCUUUGAUCGUAGACAUGAUUUGACUUUGGCACGAAUUUCAAUUGACGGGCUUGAGCGAAUCAUCGAGGAGUGGAUUCGAAUCUACUACAGACGAGGCGCGGAGGAAAACAUUAAAUAUGUUCAGAUCUUCGAGAACAAGGGUAGUAUGAUGGGUUGCUCAAACCCUCACCCACAUGGACAGGCUUGGUCUUUGUCUGCUAUACCUUCGUAUCCUGCGAAAGAGCUUGACAAUAUGAAGCGGUACUCGCUCACUGAUGUGCCUGCUUCUAAUGCCCCCAAGAACAAGGACGGAAAGGCCUGUCUGCUCUGUGAAUACGUCCAUGCAGAACUCAAUUCGACAGGCCCCGACGGCCGCAUAGUGUUCAAGAAUGAACAUUGGGUAGCCGUGGUGCCGUGGUGGGCUGUGUGGCCCUUCGAGAUGCUCCUACUUCCAUAUCAACGUCACAUACCCUCAAUCGCAGAGCUUACCGAAGAAGAGAAGACGGCGUUUGCCCAAAGCAUAUCUAUCGUUACCAAACGAUACGACAAUCUGUUUUCUUCUUCGUUUGCAUAUUCGAUGGGCAUUCACCAGCGGCCAAUCCCACUGUCUGCGGUUGCCACCGGCGAGGAUUCGUUCGAAGAGGCUCACUUGCAUCUCCAUUUCUCCCCGCCUCUUUUGAGAAGUGCAACUGUCAAGAAGUUUAUGGUUGGGUUUGACAUCAUGGGUGAACCUCAACGGGAUCUUACUCCUGAAAUAGCAGCUGCCCGUCUUAGAGAGUGUUCUGAUAUUCAUUACCUCGAUGAGCAGAAGAUUAUUUAACAUACAACCUGUUUAGAAAAUAGAUCAGUCUGAAUAAUUCAUAAACUUAUAUCAA